CUGGCUCCUUUCCUCCCCGGAACUUCCGGAAGAUCCUGUGGGUGUAGAUGGCGUCACCCGGAGCGUGAGUUGUUGCACGAGGAUAUUGAAGACAAUGGCUAAGAACAAACUAAGAGGGCAGAAGUCCAGGAAUGUAUUUCAUAUAGCCAGCCAAAAAAACUUUAAGUCUAAAAACAAAGCAAAACCAGUUACCACUAACCUUAAGAAGAUAAACAUUGUGAAUAAUGAAAAAGUUACCAGAGUGAAUAAAGCUUUUGUAGAUAUACAAAAGGAACUUGCACAUUUCUCAAAAGGCCUUUCCCUUGAACCUUUGCAGAAACAGCUGAUUCCUCAGCAGUGUCAUGAAAAUGAACCAGUUAAUGUUGAUGAAGCGACAAGAUUAAUGGCUCAGUUGUAAUACACUGGAGAUACAUCAAAUACCCCAAAAAGACCAAUAAAUUAAAUGUUUUAUACA